UCGUUUUAAUGAUGUUUCUAGACUUCAAGACUUUCACCUUGGAAUCCCAUAUGGUUUGCUUCUCUCUGUUGGUGGCUUCCUUUCCUUCAUGGUAACAGGCAGCCUUUCUGCCAUUAGGUUUGGUGUCAUUCUAGGUGGAACUCUGUUGGCGUUAAGCAUCUUAAGUUUAAGAUCGCAUAAAAAAGGAAAGCGUUCUGUUCUGGCCCUAAAAGGACAAGCAGUCAUAGCAGCUAUAAUAUUUUUGAGAGACAUACGCCUGCUGUCUCAGAGAUUAACUUUGCCCACCUUUGUUACAACCUCAAUCAGUGGCGCAAUGGUGGUAUUCUAUUUUUAUAGGAUUGUGAUGAAUGCAAAACAUAGAAGAGUAGACUUGGAGCCUGGGGCAGAAAAUUGAUGUACUCCUGUAAGGUUAGUUUGAUGUGUAUGUAUAUGUUCUUAAUCUUUGUCCUACCAAAGUUUGUUGUAAUAUAUUUUCAGAUCCCAUGUACAAUUACUAUGUGUCUAUCACGUACAAAAAUCGGGACUAGCACUUGUAUAUUUAGGCUUUGGUUAGUAUGAUUGUAGUUAUUGGUUUUUAUAAAUUUUGUAGUUUUUG